GAGCUGCGCUGCCCCCCUCCCGCCCCCCAUUGAAGAAGCAGUGAUCAGGACUCGGCCGACGCGCACAGACACAGAGGCUGCUCCGUUACGCACAUUUCAUCCCUUCCUGACUGCGGGGCACCGACACCAGGCACAGCCCUCCCCGGACUCCCACUAAGACUUUCUCUUCCCUGUUGGAGAGUAUCUCCACCCCCCACAUCCAACAGCCAUGGCAGAUGACGCGGACAUGCGCAAUGAGCUGUCAGACAUGCAGCAACGCGCCGACCAGCUGGCCGAUGAGUCACUGGAGAGCACCCGUCGUAUGCUGCAACUGGUGGAGGAGAGCAAAGAUGCCGGCAUCAGGACUUUAGUGAUGUUGGACGAGCAGGGAGAGCAACUCGAUCGUGUUGAAGAUGGCAUGAACCAUAUCAACCAAGACAUGAAGGAAGCCGAGAAAAAUUUAAAAGAUUUAGGGAAAUGCUGUGGGCUUUUCAUAUGUCCAUGUAACAAAGCAACUGGAACGGAUCGAGGAGGGAAUGGACCAAAUCAAUAAGGACAUGAAGGAUGCAGAAAAGAAUUUGAACGAUCUAGGGAAAUUCUGUGGUCUUUGCUCCUGUCCAUGUAACAAG